AGAGUGAGGGAGGAGACGGUCUUGUCUCUCAACUUCUGUCUGUAGUUAGCAGUCUACCUGCGAAGACUUGGCAUGCGCAGUUGAACAGCCUCAGUAGUCGAGCGUGGCUUGGAGGUCUUGCGAUAAGACCCUCCCAUCUGAACAAGUGCAAUUCCGAUAAACCCUCGACUGCGGUCGCUUGGAUCUACCGACAAAUUUGUUUGAUUUUGAUUCAAAUCUGAAAUCCAAUUUCGUAAUCGCAAUUAUGGUGAGAUUUUAUUAAGACUAUUGGUACUAUAUUUUGAGUCAAGACAACAUUCACAAAUAUCUGUUAUAGUGAUAAAAAACAAUACUCUGGGUACACAAAACAGUUAUUGCGACUACCGUUUUCUAUAAAAAAGAAAAAAAUUAUUUCUGACACUGACAUUUUCAAUUGUAAAAAUUAUCUAAGAAUCGAGAAUGACGGAGUAAUCUCGACGAAUUCUGACUGAAGGCUGAAGGAAAUCAUAACAGGAUCACCCGUUGACUUAUUCGACGAGAAAAUAGGGAUUAAAAACAACCCGAUUUUUUCUUUAUGGAAAAAUCACGCACGGACGCAAACCGGCGCCAUGACGGAAGGCAAAUCUACGACAUACUUGGCUCUUCCACUGGGAGACAUCCCUCGCAACCUCUCCAUGCCCCUGAUCAACGAAAACAACUUUUCCCUCCUCAGAACCACUAAACCAGGUCUGUUGCAAGGGCCGCGUCGUGUGCUGCGACUCUGCCUUUUCGCCCUGGUGAUUCCAGCUGUCCUCAUCACCAUUCCGCUGUACGUGAGGCUGGUCCUCUAUCCUCCGGGGCACUACCCCAUGAUGCCCACAGAUCAGAGACUGAUUGGCCGGCAUGUAUCCGGAGUAUGGUGCCAGGCUCAAACGACACACAUGAACGGAAGCUUCAACACGUACAUGUCCCAGGGGCUCCCCAACGUCAGGGGGGAGCGCCGGCGCCACGUGAUGCUGCACACGAUGAAGAUGAAAGACGACGUGAAGGAGUACUGGGGCUUCCACCUCCUGCAGGGGUCCACGGUCACCAUCUCCUCCUGCGCCAGAUGGGACGGAGGGCAGCUGAUGAUCUUACGUGGCAUAGAAAACCUUCGCCGUUGCGCCUGGAUUGGAGAGGAGGACUCUGCGGAGGAUAUGGUUGAGGAUGAUGACAUUAUCAGCGAGGAGCGAAUGAAGAUAAGAAAGCAGCUUUUAAGAGAAGCGAACAAGCACAACCGCAAUAGUCAUGAAAAAGAAGAAGAAGAUGAAGACCCACGUGUGACGGGUGAUGGGCAGCAGCACUCAGAAGAGAGGCGGCAAAACAUUGCUCAGCUUCUCAGGAAAGCCAUCGAGAUAAGCAAAGAUAAGAAGGAAAUUCUAAAGAUACUCCAUUCUGAGGGCAAGAACCAAGAUUAUGCGUUCCACGGACAGCUCAUUAAUCAGGAGACUGUUACAGAAAACAGUAGUGGGAAAAACAAGAUUGUCAAUAAUACUUUGGAAAAAGACAUAGCAAAUGAACACGAGACACUGGCAGGCGAGCAACAAGGUCUGGUUCACACAACAGAAAUAAGAGCAGGCGGAUUUAAAGUGGUGAGUGGUGUAUUAAGGGACGAAACGAAGCGGAGACUGAAAAACCGUACUCGGAAAGGCAAGAGAAAACAACAGCGACCUAAAAAAGAAAGAAGUGGACGUCGCCGACAGAACACGAACGUGACGGAAGAAGCCUUGCCCAAAGAAGAGGAGGAAACCUCUUUAAGAUUGAAAAGAUUUGCUGAAGAUGACGAAUCAGGGGGCGCCUUCGAAGAUUUGGAUGAUGGGGAUAUUCUGGGCAUUUUAGAGACCCCAGAGAAGGACAGGGGAGUCAACGAAACGUCAGUAGAAAUGACUGUUGGCGGCAAAGUAUUCUACCCAGAGGGACUCAAAUUUGAAAGAGGAAAGUUUAACCAAACGACGCUCCAUGAUAGAUCAAAUGAAGAACACAGAUCUUCUUAUUCAAGUAGUGAAGAAGCACUGGCCAGUUGCGAUGGCGUCAUAUUUACUCUUCCUCUUGUGCCCUUUAGGAAUUGCCAUUUUAAGAAUACCGGUCUAAACAAGAUCACUUACGACAUACCCAUCACAGGAACGUAUUAUUUCGUCUUCUCCAGUGACAACGAAAUCUACGCGAACGAUUUAUUCUUCAACUUGACAAUGGACAGGGUCGUCUAUGAUACAGAAUUCUCGGAGACGAUCUGUACCAAUGCCACCGACUGUUCGCUGCCCCUGAGCUUCUGGUCAAACGAGCAGGCAGUUGUAGAAGUACCUGAACAGGAUGACUGGGAUCACGCCUACGUUCUUGACACGCGAUGCGAGCCCCGCGUCUACGUCUAUCUGACGCUGCUCCUGCUCGUUCCCUUAUUCAUCAUGUGCUGCGCCUUCCACUAGCCACUUCUCAUAUGCUCAAAUUUAUAUUUAAGGCUUACAGUGCUAAUUAUAGAGGUCAUAGGUUUAGAAGAAAUAGUUUUCUUGUCUCGUUUUGAUGAGAUCUCGAGCACUCACUCUUUUGUACUAUUAAUAGCUUGUGUGUUAAAAGUGCAAGAAAAUAACCAGACAAGGCUUUUUCCCAAAACAGUUUGCAGUUCAUAACCAGUGGAGCAACGAUAUGCCCAGCAUGCAACCUCUUCUAGGGAUGUUAUGUAAGGGAACUGUCGGUUUUAAGGCAUGCUAAGCUGUUACCCUGAGCAAAUAAAAAUACAAUGGUACUACUCUCCAGUGAAAUGAACACGAGGCACACGUGCUCGAAAUGUGAAAUUCAUUUCACAGUUGCAAUGUGAUCUAUCCUAAAUCUCGGAGCCGUAUACUUUUCAUCUACAUCGGCGGAUUUGAUGUAGAAUUGCCUUGGCUAAAAAUAUACAGUGUUGAUCUAAUUCUUUCAGGCGGUGUCAUCAGUAUAUUUGACCGAAUAAUAGCUUUAGCAGACCAAAGACUAAAUAUAUUUUCUCUAAUGUUAAACCAUUUAUUACGAGUGCAGAAUUCCUUUUAUAUAUUUGUACGCAUAACAUGACAGCAAAUCAUAAGAUAGAAAUCGAAUUUCCCCGAUUGUCCUUUCACAAAAGGAGUCAUUAAACUGUGCGAUUGUUCAUAGGAAGUGAAAUCCUUUGCAAUUUCCCUUUUAGUUUAUUUCAAGAUUUAAAAUAGUCAAUCUAUUAGUAUGUUAAUAAAAGCAAAGGUGCGACAUGUUUGCAAUUGAAAGAGGGUUAUAGACUGACUUCGAUAGCAAUGCAGUACGAUCAUCAGUACCUAAGGAUGUUUCUGGAAGUUCUGAAAUCAGACCAAGAACCUUUCAGAAUGGAUACACUUGAAGUAGGCCUCGCGGUGCUGAUAGUUCCGUUGGCGUAGUUGACAGCAUCCUGGAACUUCUGAGAAACCAUCCCUCGCCCACUGUUGCAACUCACUCUGAGGGUCUAGUCAACGAAGUUCCUGGGUCGCCUGAAUUUUCCCAGAGUGAAAAACUGAGACCUGAAGGUCCUCCUCGAUGAACUUCAGCUUUGUGGCUCAGGAGCUGAAUCCAGAUUGUAGAUGUUACUCUUGUUUGUCUUUCAGGUCGAUUUAUACUAAUGAUGUUUUCUCUUUAUGUUGUCCGUGUCCAUACGCAUCCCAGUGUUAAUCUUUUGUUUUCAGAUGAAAAGGUGUAUUCCACAACACUACUGGAGACAUAAACUUAAGAAAAUAAAAAUUUUUAAUUAC